UCCUCUCUCAGCUUCAACACACAGCUUCAAUACACAGCUUCCUGUAAGCCCCAGACGCCCGCUGUGGUUAAAAGUGAAAAAAUGUUGCUGGGCACUUAAAAGAAGAGAGCAGAGCGAGAAUGAGGAGACGGAGGGAUAAGUGUGAGUGUCAGAGAGAGAGCGAGAGAGAGGUAGAGAUGUGCCAGUAGAAGAAAAGGGGAGAGAAAGAAAGAAAGAAAGAAAGAAAAGGGGGCGAUACAGAAGAAAAGAAAAUCCCCCAAGUCAUCGGUCAAGCGGGGACGAGGACAAUGUGUUCCCUCUCUGGGACGCCCUGCUGCCUUCACUGACCAAGACCAAUGAGUUAUAUCGUGGUCAUGGAGAUGCUGUGGCCCCUCAUAGUCCUGUUUGCAGCCAGCACAGCCCACUCCCACAAAGAGUCACAAACUCGAGGACUCGCCUGCGUGAACGACUUCGUCCGAAACGUCAGCUGCACGUGGAGCAGCUCUCCAGUGGCUCCUGGUGUUGACUGUUGGAUCCACGGUACAAAGACAAUCUGGAUCUUCGAGAACCAAACACGAUACUCCAGACUAAUUAUUCAGAGCUGCAAGCUGAAACCUCACGAAACGUCUCCUCCAGGCUGUACUUUUGCCUUCGAAAAUCACGUUUUCAACCGUUAUGAAUUCAACAAUAUCAGCAUGGAGUGUGACGGCAAGUUGUUGGAGAACCUUCCAAUGUUUGAGCCAUACAAACACAUUCAAAUGAAUCCUCCAGGUGUUCCUGCCGUCAGCAGCACUGCUAAUGAGACCUUGAUAUCAUGGAGUCCAGGCAGUCCUCUCUCAAGCUUCCUCAUCACCCUUAACUUCCAGGUUCAGAUCAAACUGAAACAGCAGAUGUGGAAGGAGGACAGUACUUUGUCCACACAAGAGCCGCAGUUAAAAAUACAUGCUCGGCAGCCAAAGGGCCACUACCAGGUCCGAGUGAGAGUCAGUCCCGGCGGCACGCACAGCGGCCACUGGAGCAACUGGAGUCCCACAACAUCCUGGACCGCAUCACACGGGCAAGAUCGUCUUCUGCCGCCGACGCUGCUGAUAAUGUGGGCAGUGAUGUUGCCCGUGGGUUUCCUUGUUGUAGUUCUGGUCUUUUACCUGUGUUGUGUGCACAAGGGCUGCUGCAGGCGGCUCAAAGUGAAGCCGGUGCCAAACCCUUCCUACUACUUCCACACCAUCCACUCUGUCCAGGGAGGAAAUCUCAAGAAAUGGCUGAAUCCUCUGUCAGCUCCUGAAUCGUACUUCAUGGCUCAGCCAGGCGAUCACAUCUCCCCGGUGGAGGUGUGUGAAGGCUGGGAUACUGUCCCCCCCGCCUCUCCUUCCUCCAUCUCCACCAUCGCUCUGCUCCACAUCGGGGGCUUCCCCUCUGCCGGCUCUGACACCAGCAAAGUUGUGGAUGACUCCUCCUCCUCCUCCUCCUCCUGCUUCUCUAACAUGGGCUACUUCAUGUCCAGCACCUCCAGCAGCGUAGCUCGAACUGACCCCAAUCCCGUCUACUUCACCUACCAGGACGAUUUCCACAACCUGCACAACGAGGGCCGGCUUCACCUCGCCCUCUGCCCCUCCCUCACCUCCUCCUCAGCCUACGAGCGUCUGAAGAGGGAGCCGCAGAGCCCAGACUCAGGCUUUGGCAUCGGACAGGAAGACGAAGAGGACAAGUCGGACAAGACGAGCAUGGCUGCAGAAGGGGACGAGGUCUCAGAUGAUCCCCUGAGCUCACCUCCUCUUAUCCUCCCUCUGCAUCCUCCUUCCUGGGUGUGCUUUCCCUCCUCUGUCCUGUCCCCUCUUCACCUCCCCGGUCUCAAUCAGAUAUACUCUGAUAGCCAGGAGGAGGAGGAGGAGGAGGAGGAGGAAGAUGUGGCAGCUGCUGACAGUAACUACGCGGCCUGGCCUGUGGCUGGCCCCAUGUGCAGGUCGUCCUCAAUGUCUGCUGAGCCUUGUAAACGAGGCUAUCUCACAAUCAAAGAACUACAGACCACAUUCAGCAAUAAAUCUAUCUGACGAAUUCCAGGAGAAUCCCUGUGUGAUCAUUUAACAUGUGAUCUGUGUAUACUGUGUAUUGUAGUUUGAGAGUGGAGCGCUCAUGUGCAGUUUCAGCUCAGAAGAGGCGAGCUGAGAGGUAGAUGUUGCUACGCUACACGUGCUGUAAUGUGUUUCCGUUGCAUUCGUUGACAUCUGUGUAGAGACCAAACUAAAUAAAAGCUCUGGUAGAAAUGGGUCA